AUGCCUUCAGAGCCCCCAUCAAAGAAGCGCAAGACACUAAAGACUAGCCUGGAUUUCGAUAUACCAGAAGUCCAUGCUGCCUAUGUCGAAUGGGCAAUUGCCCGUGGAAUCGAAAUACAUGGAGUCACACCCGCUGUGCUUCCCGGUCGAGGUGUUGGCUUGCUAGCCAAAGAAAAGAUCAAGAAGAAUGCCGUGUUGUUUUUUGUGCCUGAGAAGGCCAUGAUCAAACCCGAGAUGGCAGUGCUUCGCAAACACAAGCUAAACAAGCUAUCUUCACAGGCCCAAUUAGCCGCAUACCUUACCUUGGAGUGCAAGAACCAUUCGUCAACAUAUGUUGCCUCGAGAUCUGCUUGGCCAACACCCGAAGACUUUUCUGCUUGCAUGCUUGCCUGGUCUCCAAAGGACGACUUGGAAGAUGUACUACGCAAAUGGGCUCCACCAAGUGUACAGAAACCGCUGGACCGGAUGCUGUCAGACCUGGAACGGGAUAUUGAAUCUGCAAAACACAUGCACGCUUCCGACGAUGAAACGUUCGAGCGUGACUUCCUAUAUCACUGGAUGCUCGUCAAUACACGCAGUUUCCACUGGAAGCCUCAAGGUGUGAGUCAGGGUGCCAUGAUUAUGAAUCCCGCAUUGGACUAUAUGAACCACUGUCCAAACGGCCGAGGAUGUGAAGUAACAAUGUCUCCGCAAGGCUAUGAGUUGAGGGCAAAUCGAGAUUAUGAACCUGGAGAAGAGAUAUUGGCUACGUACGGAGCCCAUUCCAACGACAAGCUCCUGGUACAUUAUGGAUUCAUCCUUCCUGAUGGCAGUCUAGAUGAUGACGAGAUCCGUCUGGACCACGUGUUACUACCCCGUUUGACAGAGAGCCAGCAAAGUGCUCUGCAAGAUGUGGGAUUCCUUGGUGGCUAUGCUCUCCUUCCAAGCUCGGGUGAACUGUGCUUCAAAACACAGGUCGCCGUGCGCUCCGUACUCCUGACAGCCAACGAGUGGGAGCACUUCAUGGGAUCCGGAGAAGAUCUUGCCGACGACAAAGAAAGCGAAGUGCUUGAUUGGUUGAAACCUUCCCUUGAAUCUUAUGUUGAAGAAGCCAAAGAAGCCAUUGCGGCCUUGAAGCCUCUCUCGGAGGAAAAAACUGGCGACCUCGCGAACAAACUCAAGCUUCUGCAAGCCAGAUGGGAGCAGAUCCGAUCCGCGCUCGAUAACUUUUUGGCAUAA